GAGAGAGCAGCUGCGCACUCGGAGCUGCAGGAUGCGCGUCUUCGCUCUCCUCUGGACACUCGGCUUCCUGCUGAAAGAGGCGCAGGCAUGGGGCUUCAAGAACGGGAUAUUUCAUAAUUCAAUAUGGCUGGAACAAGCAGCUGGAGUUUACCACCGGGAGUCGCGCAAAGGGAGAUACCAGCUGACGUAUAAAGAGGCCAAGGCUGUCUGCAAGUACGAGGGAGGGAAGCUGGCCACUUACGAACAACUGGAGGCAGCUCGGCAAAUAGGUUUCCACGUGUGUGCAGCUGGGUGGUUCGACAAAGGACGUGUUGGUUACCCCAUCGUCAAAGCUGGUACCAACUGCGGUUUUGGGAAGGUUGGCAUCAUCGACUACGGAUACAGGCUGAACAAGAGCGAGAAAUGGGAUGUGUACUGCUACAACCCACACUCCAAGGAGUGUGGUGGAGUACUGACAGAUCAGCAGAGGAUCAUUCAGUCUCCCGGUUUCCCUGAGGAGUACCAGGACGAACAGAUCUGCUACUGGCACAUCCGCGUCCGCCUGGGCCAGAGGAUCCGCCUCCACUUCCUGGAGUUUGAUGUGGAGGACGACACGUCAUGUCUAGCAGAUUACCUGGAGGUGUACGACAGUUACGAUGAUGUCUCCGGCUUUGCUGGGAGGUUCUGUGGCGAUUAUUUGCCGGACGAUAUCCUCAGCACAGGAAACGUGAUGACGUUAAAGUUCCUCUCUGACGCGUCAGUCACAGCUGGAGGCUUCCAGUUGCAUUAUACUGCCUUUAAUGCAUCGUUGUUCUCACAGAAUUACACCCACUAUUUUCACUGACUAAUGGUUUAAUGCACUGAUGUAAUCCUGUUUCUGUAUUUAUGUUAUUGGUUACCUCAAGUACUGUAAUAAGUGAGUCUUUAUAGCUCAUUAAAGGUAUAGCUCUGUCAAAUAAACAUGGUCAUUAAACUGUGUUGCAGUUUCUAACAUUGUCCUCAUGUUAUAGACACAAUCCUCACUUUGUAUUCACUUGCCCUGAGGCUUAGUUUAUAGAAAACAAAUUUUUCCGGUUGUUCCCAUGGACUUUUCCCAGCCUUUCAUGCUGUUAAGUCUUCUGACCUUGACCAUGGCAUUUUGUCAGUUUGGUUAAAGCUGCUGCUUCUCUGUUUCUUUGUAGCCCUUCAUAAAAGGAAUAAAUGGACUUUG